UUAUUAACAGUAAAAAUGAAUUAUUAUUGAAUACAAUUUGCAAGUUUUGUGAGUAGACCUUUCUAUGUUACCAUGGCAUCCAAUGUAAUAACAUUCUCAUAACCUCUAUACGCAAAAGUGCUGUGCUAACUAAAUAUUCAAUUGCGUCUAGUUGAAUUCAAUGGCAGAAAAGAAUUUAGAUGAAAAUAUUAGGAACACCGCAUUAUCCCUUUGUUUCGAAGAAGAAAAUCGACGUAAAACCGACCCAAACGAAUCACACGAACGUUCGAUCAUCGUUGUUGGUAGCAAGAAUGUUGGUAAAACAACGAUCGUACAUCGGUUUCUUGAAAAGGACGAGACACCAAAGCCAACAAUCGCGAUUGAUUACUCCUACGGUCGUAAAAUCGGAAAGAGUUUAAUAAAAAAUGUCGUUCACAUUUGGGAAAUAGGAUACUUGAGUUCUUCAUUAAUGUCAGCAGCAAUGUCAGGCGUUUCUUUAACCCAUUCUCCUGCUCAUACCACGAUAUUAUUGAUGUUGGACUUAUCGGAACCGGAAUCUUUGUGGACGACAUUCGAAGAAAUUUUCUCGAUAAUUCGUAGCGCCAUGAAAAUGAGUUACGACGACAGAACGAUUCAGGAUCUCAAGCAGCGGCGAAUUAAUGAACGUAAGAAAUCGUUGGAAAAAGAAGUAGACCCUUUUCCAUUGAAGUUAUGCAUUAUCGGAGGAAAAUAUGAUCAGUUUAAGGGUUUAGAUACGGGUAAAAGAGAAUUAAUCGGAAAAACAUUAAGAGCUAUAGCUCACACUCUGGAAGCAGGUCUCUAUUAUCAUUCUUCCAAAGAUAAGAUGCUCGUACGACAAACUAAAGACAUAUUAUCUCACUACGGAUUUGGCACGCAACUUUCUAAUAGCAAAUGCGUAGACUUCGAGAAGCCAUUAACGAUAGCCCCGGGUACAGAUUGCUUCUCAUCGAUCGAUUUACAAUUUCCUCCGACACGACCUGCAGCUAUCUUGGACGCCAUCAAACACGUUUACGUAGCUUCUAUCCCGCAGGAAUCAAAGAAUAAUGAUAUCAUCUUAAAGGAUCCAAGCAACGACUUCAAUUUUAAUGAACCAAUUAUUGAUAAACUGCGGGCUCAGAGGGAAGAGGAAAUCGGUGUUCUUCUCCACGAUAUGCUCGAAGGUCGGACACCUCAGAUUCUUGUUCCAGAUCCAUCGUAGAAGUGGAUUUAUCACUACUGAUAAGCCAAAGUGAAAAGAAUAGUUAACAGUAAACAAACUUUUUAUAAUGCAUAUCACACGUUUAAUUUGGUAAAAGUUAUAAGAAAAUUCUGGCGAGAUAUGCUUAUCUAAGAAAGUUUUCUAGAAGUGACCUAACUUAUAUGAUUAGCUAAUAAAUUAUAAAAUCAUUUGUAAAAAGAAUUCAAUUAUGUUACUAAUGAAAAUAUUGUUUAUUCUAUUCUUGAGUAAAUUUUAUUUACAGCUGUAUGUUUCAUUUACUCGAUAAAACUUUGUCAUUGUUUAUAAUAGCUCGGUACAAUAAUUUUGUUUUGCAUGAGGAAUUAAACUCUUACUAUUUGUAGUGAUAACGAUGAUAAGAUCAACGAUAAAAUGUGUUUAUUACAUGAGACUUCAAGAAAGUCGGAUUUAAUAAUGCUGGGAAUCUUAUAUUGCAUCCAGCAAGGGGAGGUCAUGAAUAGGGGGACGCCGAUUUAGAUCAUCGUUGGUGAACUGAAAGAGGUUUAUAUAACAUGAAAACAUGUCAAAUCAUUCGAUGCAACGAAUAACCGUUUACAAGAAAUAAUGACUUAAAUAAUGUACAUCGAAUUGUUACUCCACUGAUCAAAAUUAAGUAAGCGGAUGUGGCGAAAUGGUUAAGCUUGUUUUGAAAUACCGAGGUUGCGCGUUCAAAACGUAUUAACACUUUUGUUUAAUAUACAUGUUCAUUUUAUGAAAUUUCUUAUUAAAAAAUACCUAUGAAAUAU